AUGUCUUCUGGAAAAAAGUUCCCCCAGUACCUGGCGGCAGUGUGCGUCUCCAUAGGUGCCUUCGGCACGGGAAGUGUCAUAGGAUGGACCUCGAAUAUCUGCGAAGACCUAAAGAAUGGCAAAUUGAAUGAACUUGAGAUGGACGACGAUCAGCUGGGAUGGUCAGGAUCAUGCAUGACUUAG